AUAUGAAGCAGUGGUCAUCUCAAUGAAUAGCAACGCUUGUAUUGCUUAUAUUUUUUCGUUUAUUUUUAGCUUCUGCUCCUGAGUCUGACAGAAGCGAUCUGUUAUCUGAACUCGAGGUAAUGAAGACGCUGAAACCUCAUCCACAUGUCAUACGUCUACUGGGAUGUGUCACUGAAACUGGUAAAACAUAUGAUUAACGAUGAACGUGUUCGAAAGUACGUCGCAAGUUUACAGUUAAUGUAAAACUAUUUCAACAAUAAGGUUCAGUUUCUAAAUUAUUGCUGGUAUUGCAGAAACCCCCGAUAGUGUAAAAGUUACUUGUCAUGACUUAUUUUCUAGAGCCGUUAUUGGUUUUGAUUGAGUAUGUCCCGUAUGGAGAUCUCUUGGGCUACCUGAGAAAGAGCCGAGGACUCAAUGACACGUAUUUCAAAGACCCGGAUAUCAAGCCCCAAACAAGUCUGACGUCAGAGCAACUGAUGAAGUUUGCCUGGCAAAUUGCCGAUGGAAUGAGUUACUUGUCAUCAAGAUCUGUAAGUCAAAGGAUCUGAGUGCGUUUAGACAUGAAUUCUGAAAGAUUAGGAAAUACUAUGAAAAACGUCAUCGACAUUGAUUUAUUAAGACUCCUGUACAAAAUAAGCAGUAAGCCAUGCCAACUAUACUAAUUGAAGCAUAUGCGCGUGUAUUGAUUAAUAAAUGGAUUAAUUAAUUACCGAGGAAUUAAUAUGCUAGUGGUCCAGAAGAUGGGUCGAAAUGGGUGAAUUUUGCCCUGAAUUUAAUUAGAUCCCGCUGGUACCAAUUUCAUUGACUGAUUAACUAUUUCUUGCAGAUCAUUCACCGAGAUCUUGCAGCUCGUAACGUGUUGGUUGGGGAAAGAGAAACGUGUAAAGUGACUGACUUUGGAAUGGCCAGGAAUGUCCAACAGGAAAACAUUUAUGAAAGAAAGACAAGGGUAUCUGAGUUAGGAACUAAUAAGAUUAAUUAAUUAUAAGAUAAAGGGAAUCUAAAACUAGGAUUUACAUUCUAUUAUACAUCUUCCAUGCCUCAUAUUAAGGCAGCCACACGGAUUUCGAGCAUUUCGAACUACCCUUGCAUUGUAAAACCUACUUUAUCUUAGUAGUAUAAACAUAACAACUUUCUUUAAUUUUCCAGACAUGCUUCGACGGUACAUCCGUCAUCUUCAGUGUUUUUUAUUUUGAAAUCGCCGUUGAAUUUAAAGCGCGCGCGAAAGAAAGUUGUUAUGUUUAUACGACUAUCUAUAUUGUUGCUGCUAUCUAGACCUUUUGUACGUUAUCAUUCUUGUUUUGGCUAAUAAUUAGUACUGUACCCAUUCUCUUUAACGUACUUCCCUACGAAAGUAGGUUGCCUUCUAGAUAAGGCUUCUCAAACUUCUAUUUUACUUAAAAAUCUUAAUCUCAAAAAUAAAUUUAAAGAUGUCUUUUUUACUCGUUCUGCGUCUCAUCGUUUACCGCCAGGGACGUCUGCCAGUCAAGUGGACUGCAUAUGAAGCGUUGAUGUUUAACACUUAUACCACCAAGAGUGAUGUGUGAGUUAAUAGAAUGGAAAUUGUCUGGAAAUACAGUUCAUGAUGUUGAAUGUUAUUGAGUAGUUCUUGUUUUGUUUAUUUUACAAAUCAACGCUUGCACUUUAUUUGCAGUUGGAGCUAUGGCGUUGUUCUUUAUGAGAUUUUUACUGUAGGUAAGUUGUCGUUUUUUUUUUCUUGAUUAAGGAUCAUGGUAUUAGUCGUGGCAGUUUCUUUUGCGAUAGGUUCUGGAGACGUAGUUUGUUUGAAUUCCUGUAUUUUCAGGUGGUUCUCCGUACCCGCGAAUGGAUGGCAAGAAAAUUGCUGGCUUGCUUCAACAAGGAUACAGGAUGCUAAAGCCGCAGCACGUGGAUGACAAAUUGUAAUAGUAACCUUUUAAAUUAAUGACAGUUUGUGGUUGUAUACUAUUUUUAUUUUAUUAUUUUUUUGCACACUCAGUGGUAACAAUAGAUACUAGGAGAGGUCAAUCUUGGAUUAAAGGUGUCUUUGGCCUCUUAUUAAGGAACAUUUCGAGAGAAAAGACUAAUCGAGAUGAGAUGAUUUCAUUCUCUCAGGUAUCAAAUCAUGAUGAACUGUUGGCAAAACGAGCCAAAAGCGAGACCACCAUUCACUGAUUUGACGAAACAGUUGAAGGACAUGGAAAACCAGCAUAAGGUGAGGUUGUCGUUACCUAGUGACAUAAAACGUAUUUCAGUGACAUCAGCUGAAUGCAAUGACAACAAUAUAAUUACUCGGCUAUUAACCACUCUGAGGUUGCGCAGUAGACCUGGUCGAGAUGGUUUCAAAGUGCAUUUUGGGACUGUUUUUGGGGACGUAUUUCCACAUGGCGGCAAAUUCGUCCUCCAAAACAGUUCACAAUGCACUUUGAUAAGAAUCUCAACCUGGUCUCCUACCCAACCGCAAAGUGGCCAAUAGGGCUCAUCACUUCCUGUUAGCUAAGCUGUCAGCAAGGUUGGCCUAUUCUAAAUAGCAAGUUUAAUCUCUUUUUUCUGCAAUUUCUCAGUUACAGUGGAUAUGUUUUGGUUAAAGUUUACUCUUGGUUUAAAUCUCAUGUUCCUUUGUUUUUGGGUAUGGUAAUGUAUGGUUUUGAGAUUGAAACAAAAGAAGUAAAAUUCAAAACAAGGAUAAAAUUGAACUUCAACAAAUGCAUGUUUCGUACAUUGCAUUUACCCGCAGAGCUACAUGUACGCUGAAAUAAAGAAUAGCAAUAAAGGGACAAUGGUCGAGAACAGUAACGACCUUAUAGCUUUUAAAGCCACAAGAAGAUCCCGUUGAAUAUAUGCACCGUACUACUGUGCUUUUCACACAGGAACUCUAAAGUUCAAAAGCUGCCUUCACAAUUGCGUUUUUCGCUGCCGUCAAUUAUGAUUACGAUUGUAAACGUCGAACCGUGAAACACACAAAACGGACCGAAAUCUACCAAUCACAAAUCACAACUGAACCAUGACCUUUUGAACCCGUUGAAGUAAACUUCUAUUUCCUAAGAGGUCCACUAAGAUGAUUUGACGGCAGCCAAGUUGGCUUUUGAACUUUAGAAUUUGUGCGUUUUUGAAAAGCGCAGUUAAGAGAUGUUUCAUGAAUUGUAUAAAAAGGCGAGGGGAGAAUAGAGAGCGGAAAAAAUUCACCUGUUCUGAUCAUUAUGAUACAUGGUAGAAAAUUGAAACGAAUGCAUUUCAUCCACAGAAGCUGAUCAACAUGCAUAUUUACGACAAUCAGCAGUACGCAAAAGUAGAGGACUUGAACGUCUAAAUUCAAUAUUGAAUAUGUGUUAUAUAUAUUCAGGAGCUGAUAUAUGCUGCUAAUUUCUAUUUAGUUAGGACCGUUUGGCU